CCAGCCCAGCAGAAGCGCCGCGGCAUCCGAGCGGGAGCCGGAGCCCGAGCGGGACCGGAGCUGGAGCCGAAGCUGGAGCCGGCACUGCGGCGCACGGAGCGGAGCGCCGCAGCCAAGCCGAGUGAGUAGAGGGGCCUCCCCCCUUCAAGAAGUCAGAGCUGUGCUCCUGGGCAGGCUGGCUCCACUGUUCUGCUUCAAGGAUUACAUGUCCUUCAAAUGCCCUUGCCCCUUAGCACGAUACAACCGUACCAGCUACUUUUACCCCACCACGUUCUCCGAGAGCUCUGAGCACAGCCACCUACUGGUGUCUCCAGUGCUGGUGGCGAGUGCUGUCAUAGGUGUGGUCAUCACUCUCUCCUGCAUCACCAUCAUUGUGGGAAGCAUCAGAAGGGACAGACAGGCUCGGAUCCAGCGACACCACCAUCGCCACCGCCGCCACCAUCACCAUCACCGCCAUCGCAGGCGCCGACCUGGAGAAUACGAGCAGGAUCACGCUUCUGGAGGAUUCACACACAGCCACUCCAGCCACAGAAUGCCCUAUGCCUGCAGCCCCGCUGAGGACUGGCCCCCACCCUUGGACAUCAGCUCUGAGGGGGACGUAGAUGUCACCGUGCUCCGGGAGUUGUACCCAGAUUCUCCACCAGGCUAUGAAGAGUGUGUGGGACCAGGGGCCACUCAGCUGUAUGUCCCCACGGAUGCACCACCCCCCUACUCCAUGACUGACUCCUGCCCCAUGCUGAAUGGUGCCCUUGACUCAGACAGUGGCCAGAGCCGCAGCCACCGCCAGCAAGAACAGAGGACCCAGGGCCAGGGUGGCCUCCACACUGUCUCCAUGGACACGCUGCCACCUUAUGAAGCUGUGUGUGGAACAGGCUCUCCAUCUGACCUGUUGCCACUACCAGGACCAGAACCACAGCCAAGUAACUCCCAGGGCUCACCCAUGCCAACCGAGGCUCCGACCCCUAUCCCUGAAAGGAUUGUGUGAGUGACCAAGCCCAUAAGUCCCACUGGUCCUUCCAGGCUACCCUGUCUCCUCCAGGCACACAGGUGCACACACAACUCAUGCACAUGCAUAUAUAUGACUACAAAUAUAUACCGACAUACCCCAAGUGCAUACACGGCCACAUCCCACACAUAUGUAGACACCUGCAUAUGCACAUGUCCCACUUACCACACAAACUCACCUGGGAAGGCUUUCAUUAGAUGAAGUAUUCCCUACCUGGUAUCUCUUCCUCCCCAGCCUGGUGCCUGGUGGCAGUGCCUCUCUGAACAGUGCUGGGAUGAGGUGAGACAGGAAGCCCAGCUUUCUGUCCUGUCCCCAGCUCCUCUAGGCUUGUGGCCACAAUCUGAGUCUCCUGCAGAGACUGUUUGGUCAGCUUCCUGCCAUAACGCCUACCCCAGGGCUUAUCAUACUGGGAGCUGAGACAGGUCCUAAUGAGGUCCCACUGUGCACUGUGCCUAUCUCUCAACUCCAGGGCAGAAGAGCCACAAUGUCACCGUCCUGCCACUUCCAAGGUGGAUUAAAACAGGUCUGGUGGCUUAGGCAUGACCUGGAGGUCCUCACGGCCCAUUUAGCCUGUCUCAAUGUCCUCAGUUUGGCGGUGCUAGUGGGGUUAGCUCAGACACCCACCCUAAGUUUCAGGGGGAGACAGGCCCUUGAGCAUGUGUCAUGGAGGAAUGUCACAGUUCUUAUGUCCGUGCCAGGAUCGACAGCUCAAGAAAACCAAGGUGUGGGUAGCCCCCCACACACACACACACAAUGCUGCCUAGAUACCACUCAGAGGAGGCGGAGAAGGGUCCACUGCUCAGUAAGUGCCCAGCCAGCCCUGGCAGCCUGAGUCUAAGAGGUCUCAAGUUAACCCAAGAGCCAGCACUGUCAUCCAGGGUAGCAACUCCCAGCUGGGGACUGGGUUGAUGAAGUCUGGCCUUGCCUCUCUGGGACAUAUGCAGAGAAAAACCCCACAAAUGUACCCCUCAAAAAACUCCAUGUCACUAUGAGAAGACCAGUGUCUGCUGCCAACAUGCCAUCACGGAAGCAGGUGUGUGGAGGCAGCGGGUUGGAGAUAGGCUCAGAUAUUAGCCUGCGAGCUCCAGUGAGCUCCAUCAAAGACUACAUAAGGUGGCAAGAUGAUCUUUGAAGACCCAACUUGCCAGAGCUAAGCACCUUAAGGAGGAUCCUGUCAGCACUGCCGCUGGCAGGGAGUGAGACCUCCUGCCUUCGAGACUCCUACCUUCUGACAGUCAUCCCAAAGCAGCAGACCUAUCCCCACUGAUCCCCCACACACAUUCAUUUCCUCCAAUGAAGGGCUAAGAAAAUUCAACAAUCCCUUUCCUAAGCAGAGGGGUGGCAAGGAUAGCUAUCUUGAUUUUUAUUUUCUAUAGAAAUAGCAUUUAUUCUGAUGCAGAGCCGAAAGGGCCCAACCUACAGGUUCUGUAGCAUCGCAGGCAGCACCCAAGAGUCCCAGGCCUGGGGGAGGGAACCUUGUUUACAAGCACUUCUGCCCACUUUUGUGCUAUGAUGCUUUCUAGGCAAAGAUGUCUGUCUGUUGUACUGUACAGCCUUUAAAACGCACCCCAGGGAUGAGACUCUUUUAAGAAAGGCAGCCUGUUUCUAGAGCUCUGGAAAGUGGUGGGGGGAAGAAAAACAUCCCUGCCUACUCAACAUGUUGGAGGGAUCUGCAGAACAGCUUCUCUCCUUCCUAGAUUAGGCUGAAUAAGCAACAAUGUAUCUUUUCUGUACUCAAAAUAAAUGCUCAUUAUCAACAAA